ACCUGGAAAUAAUACUUCUACUAGUUCACCAGACCUAGUGAUAAACAGUUUCAGUGUUAUGCAAACUGAUAUGGGUAUAAGCCACGUGGCCAGAAUUACAACUGGCAAACGUCUGAAGAAAUCUGAGCAAUGCAUAUCUACAGAUGCAAAAUUGUUGGUUAAUACAGAAGAGAAAACAUUUGAGGCACAUAAGAGAACUCACAUAAAAGACAAUCAUUUUGAAUGUUCUGAUUGUGGAAAAAGUUUUACUCUGAAGACAAGUCUGGUUAGACAUAACAUAAUUCACACUGGGGAAAAACCAUUUGCUUGUUCUGACUGUGGGAAACAGUUUACACAGAAAAUAAGUCUUGUGAGGCACAGACGGAUUCACACAGGGGAAAGGCCUUUUGUUUGCUCUGAUUGUGGGAAAUGUUUUAGUCGAGCGUCACUUCUUGUCGAUCAUAAAAGAACUCACACAGGAGAGAAACCAUUUGAAUGCUCCGUUUGUAGAAAGUGUUUCAGCCGGGCUUCACUUCUUCUCAUACAUCAAAGUAUUCAUACUGGAAAGAAACCAUUUGAAUGUUCUGAUUGUGGAAAAUGUUUCACCCAAAAUACAAAUUUGGUUACACAUCAGAGAACUCACACAGGAGAGAAACCAUUUGUAUGUUCUGAAUGUGGAAAACGUUUUAUACGAAAUGCAAAUCUUAUAACACAUAAGCGGAUUCAUACUGGAGAAAAACCUUUCAAAUGUUUGGAUUGCGGCAAAUGUUUUACUCAAAAAACAGAUUUUAUUACGCAUGAAAGAAAUCAUACUGGAGAAAAACCAUUUACUUGCUUAGACUGCGGUAAGGGUUUUAUUCGUACAACAGAUUUGCUUAAACACCAGAGAAUUCAUACAGGAGAGAAACCAUUUGCAUGCCUGGAAUGUGAUAAAUGUUACAAUAGGGCAUCACUUCUUGUAAUACAUAAGAGAAUUCACACUGGGGAAAGACCGUUUGAAUGUUCUCACUGUGGGAAAAGAUUUACACAAAAUCCAAAUCUUGUUAAACACAUGAGGAUCCACACAGGAGAAAAACCAUAUUCAUGUGCUGACUGUGGGAAAUGCUUUACUCAGCACUCGGGUCUUGCUAUACAUAAGAGAGUUCACACGGGGGAGAAACCAUUUGCUUGUUCUGCAUGUGGAAAAUGUUUUAUCUCUCCAUCAAAUCUGGCUAAGCAUCAGAGAAUUCACAUAAAAACAGAAAUUAUUUCUUAAAACUGAGUAGAAAAAAGGCCUAUUUUUAUGUGUGUGAUUAUAUAUA